AUGGCAGAUAUACAAUCACAAACAAAAAUUACCGAAAAUGCUGUAGUAAAUUCAAAAGCUGAAACACCAAUGGUAGUUAAUCAAAAGUUAUUAAGUGCCUUAAAUUAUCUUCGUGAUGAACUCGAAAAGGUUCAAAAAGAAAAUAAGGAUGAGGAUUCUACUUUUUCAGAGGUGGGUGACGACGGUGACAAUGAUCGUGAAAAAAAUAAGUAUUUUGAAGAAUUAAAAGCACAAGUUGAGCAAAUUGAAAAGGAGAAAAAGGAAAUUAUAGCAAAUGGACAACAGGAACGAGAGAAGUUGCAAUUGCAGCUUGACCAAACACGGGAGGAGAAAAAGCAAUUGGAAGUACAACAUCAAAAACUUAAUAGGAAAAAACAAGAAAUUAACGAAUUGAAUGAAAAUAAUCAAGAACUUAAUAACACUAUUUUGAAGUUACAAGGUGAUCUAUCCACUUCUCUGGAUGAGAAUGAGAAAUCAUCGCAACAAUUAGAAUCUUUACAAUCACAUAUUUUUGAGAUGCAACAACAAGCUUCCCUUGAAAUUUCAGAAAAGGAUGGUAUAAUUCGUGAUUUACAGCAUAAUUUAGACCGUACAGAAAGGGAACGGGAGGAAUGGGAGGUUAAUGCUAUGGAAUUAAAAAGCGCAAAGGAUGAAUUACUUAUUCGCAUAAAACAUUUAGAAAGAGAAAUGGAUGCCUUGAAACACGAGAAAGAAACCUUAAGAGCCGAGAAGAACAGUGAAUCUGAGAGUUUGGCUAAUUUACAGAAUGUCUUGGAAGAAUUCGAAGCAGCUAAACAAUCUGAGAUUAGAGAGGCUGUUGAAGGAAUACAAAGGCGACUUGCCACUUCUACUAAAGAUUUAGCAGAGUUUAAAGAGCGUGCGUUACUGGCUGAAAAUCAAUUAACGCAAAUAAAAGAGGAAAUUGGCAAAACAUCACAAUAUGAAAAAGAAAUCAAGGAAAAGAAUUUAUUAAUUGGAAAGUUGCGACAUGAAGCUGUAAUAUUGAAUGAACAUCUUACCGAAGCUUUGCGUCGUAUGAGGGAAGAGAGUAGUGAGAAUAAUGUGGACAAACGACUUAUCACCAACCUUUUGAUCGCUUUCUUCAACACACCACGUGGAGAUAGUAAAAGAUACGAAAUUUUACAAUUGAUGGCAAAUAUGUUGCAUUGGACAGAGGAACAAAAGGAACAAGUAGGUUUGAUAAGAAGAGCAUUGACCAACCGGUCUGUAGAAGAUAGAUCGAGUGGAUGGGUGUCAGGUUUGUGGACCCCUACUCUUGAGAGAACACGGAGUCGAUUAUCAGAAGAAGUUCCUAGACCAACUAUUCGUAUAUCUGAAGAUGAAGGUCCUAAAGAGGAAAAUAAACCUAUCAGUAAUAGUAAUAGUAAUAGUAAUUAUUCAAAUUCAAAACAAGAAGGAUAA